AUGCGAGCCACACAGAGGAGCCGCCGGUUUCAUCGACUACCACUGCAGGCGCACAGAGGAGACGUGGGCGAUCUUCCGGCGCGGGUGGAGAUUAGGCCAGGUUCACGAGGGAUUCCGGCGAGGUGGGAAUCGACUCGAGGCGAGGCGUCCAGCCCGGAUCGACCCGACGCGACGUGCGCGAAGGUUAUUGGAAUUUUGGUAUUGUUAGACCUUAAGCGUGAAAUAAAGGGAGACAAAUCUCUGAUGGCUAUUUCUUGUUCUCAAUGCCAUAGCAGAUUGACUAUAUAUGCAUAUGCGGGGAGACAGCUAGCGGACUAUAGACCUUCCUCUCUAUCGGCUGGAGCUUCAGGAGCAGAAGACAGUGCUGCUUCCAGCCUCACCUCUUUCCGCUGGUGUUUGUUUUACAAUUGCCCCACCCUGCUACCCAGGUGCACAGGGUCAAGGGCUCACACCUUCAUGGCGACCUACCUGCAUAGAUUGACUUGGUGGCCUGCUGAAUUUCCAAAAAGGACGUCCUACUCACCACUCUGAAGAUAUUUUAAAAUUUUAGACAGGUUAACUUGUUUUCCACCUAUUUUGUCCUAUAACUUCAAUUUUCCAUAACAUGGAUCGAUAUGACAUGCCCAAGUCUCAUGAAAUUUAAUUGUAGUUGAGACGUUUUCACUUUCACUAUCUAAUAUAGAUCAGUAAACUCCAUGUUUCAUUCCUCCAUAUUGCUAUAUAAUUUCCUACUAUUAUAUGGGAAAAAUGGACAGGCGCGACAUUGCGUGAGCCGACCGAUUUAACGUUUUGGUUGUUGCUGGUCGUCGGAUGCAUAUAUCUAAGCAAAACUGUCUCUGCUACCUGGCAUUAACAUCCUAUGGGCGGCUAUUCCGGUAGCAUUUUUGGAGGGUUUUGAUUAGUUGGCCUACAUGGGCUGUUCUAUGUACAAAGCCCAGCCGUGGAAGCAACUUAUGUGAGCAGCCACACAACUGAAUAACAACCAAGUAGGAGUGCAAGGAAGAUAAUAGAGGUUUUGGUCUGCCGAGAGGUCAUGCAAUACUUCUCUAUUCCCAUUUCAGGUCAGAUUUACCUCCAAAAUGCUGCAUGUAUUCUUGCACAUAUUGUCUACUUUAUUCUCUAUUAAGUGAGUUAUUUGUAUUCUGGAUUGUACUAAUAAUUUUCGCUAAUACGCUACACACAUCUUCACCAUAGACUGUUUCAAAACACAUCUGAAAAAUAUAAAUCAAUCUAGACAUCAGAAACCAAAGAUGAAUCAUUUAUAUAUGCAUUUGAUUUCCUGAAACAUAAGAAUAUCCAUGUAUGGUUUUCUGUCCAUGUGGAAAUUAUUACGGUAUCAUUUAUUAGAGGCGCACACAUGCAUUCACAUUUGGAACUUAGAUUCGGCAAUUAUUUGGCAUGGCAUGUAGUGUGUAGCAUCCAUCGAGUGGUUUUGGCGCAGUUUAUCCGUACGUGGAUGUUUAGCUAAAUCCUGAAGUAUAUCUCUUAUGGUUUCCUGCAUACUAUUGUUCAGGUUACAACAAUUAGUCCACUGAUUGAAGGCUAGCUGUUGCUUCUUGAUCAACCCUAUUAGCUUUUAGAUGUGCUUUCAAGUAUGUUCAUUGUAGUCCGGUGCUGUUGUUUAAGUUAAAGUGAGAGCUAUUACGAUCAGUUUGUUUUUUGACCUGUUCAUUUGAAAGUAGCCAAAGGUACAAAUGGAUAUGUAGAUUGUAUACACAAUUUAUAUGAAACAACUUUUGUCAGACUAUUGUA